AAAAAAAUAGCAACAUAUAAAAUAGAUUUAGUUGAUCAAAUUAGGUUAAGGUUCAUCAAAUUUAGAUUUUUUUUUUCUUUCCAUUAUCAUUACUCAUUAGAAAGAGUUUUUGUUAGAUGGUUGGUAUGGCAGACACUACUUUGGAAUCGAAUUUUGGAGAUUUACCAAUGGACAUAAUUGAAGAAAUAGUGUUAAGGUUGGACCCAAAAUCUUUGGUAAAAUUUCAAUGGGUGAACAAACAUUGGUUUUCCAAAAUAAACAACCCAAAAUUCAUGAUUCUUCACCACAAACAACAACUACCUCGUACACUCUUAUGCUUUCAACUUAAUGAUGGAAUGUUGUGCUCAGUUCGUAAUUCUGAGAAUUUCAGUGAAAUUUCAUACAAACGAUUCCCUAUUUACAAGAACAAUUAUAACAACAAGAGGCAAAUUAAAUUUGUGGGUAGUGAUAAUGGGGUGAUUUGUUGGCUACAACAAUAUCCUUAUUAUUCUAUUAAUCUUUGGAACCCAGCUAUUGACAAGUGUAAGAAACUUCCUACAUCUCCUGUUUAUGUUUCGUGUCCAUAUACAAAAUUGUAUGGAAUUGGGUACGAACCAUUGAAUAAUGAUUUCAAAGUGGUUGUUGCAUGUGGUGGUCAACAGUUUCCAAAAUGGCUCAAUGGUGGAUUUUUUCGAAAAGGUGAAAAAAUUUGUGUGUAUAGUUUGAAAACAAAUUCAUGGAAAACUAUAGACAUGCCUGACAUAUUCUCUAAUGAAGAUCAUGAUGAGAUGCAAAUUACUUUGGAAAUCCCUAAUAGGGAAAAUUCAACUGUUGUUAAUGGCUCUAUUCAUUGGGCAAUCUAUUAUAGCCUUAGAGAAAUUAUGUGUGAUUUAACUACUAAGGUUGUUGCUUUUGAUUUAAGUAGUGAGGAAUUCAAGCUCAUUGAAUUUCCUUCCUCUUUAGAAACUAAAGGGUUUUCUAUUAAAAGUAUUUGUAACUUGUUUGGGUAUCUAUCUCUACUCACUAAAUCAUCAUCAACUUCAUCUAUUGAAAUAUGGGUUAUGAAGGAAUAUGGAGUUUGGGAUUCUUGGACUAAAUAUUACUCUCUUGACUUGGGUACCCAACCUAUGCUACAAUGUGCAUCAGAUAUUAUUAUAUGGGAAUUUGGUCAUGUAACACAUAAUGGUAACCUCUUAUUUCAACCAUACAUGCAUAAAAAGAAUACUCUUUACUUUUAUGAUCUAAAGAGUAAGACUCUCCAAAAUAUAGAACUACAAAUAGGGUUUUCUUAUGUUUCUAAUUAUCGCGAGAGUAUCUUUUUAAGUUAAAAGUAAGGUAAGAUUUAGUUUGUUAGUUUAUAUUUAGGUUUUUAUUGAUAUGUAAGUUUUUAGUUUUUGAAUAAUAUAUGGUGUUUAAUUAGUAGUUUUAUAUACUUAUUUGAUCAUUAGUGUUGAAUAUGAAUAGUUUUUAAAUGUUUUAUAUAAUCAAGUUCCAAUCAUCAUACCCUGCU